AAUAUUUUGCCCAAAAUGGUCAGAUGAUAGUUUAAAAGAUGAGGAAUUAAAUUCAAAAAUAUUAGCUUUAAAUUAUUUAAAUCUUAAAGAUCUUGGUAUUGAACUUAAUUCAAAUCAACAACAAAUAGUUGAAUUGGUUGUUAAACUUUCAUCUUCAGAAUUAGAAAAUUUAAACCAAAGAAAAUCACCAUUUGAAAAACUAGAAUCACAUCUAAUCUUACCAUUAUUAAUUCACAUUAUUAUUAAAUCUAAUCCAAAAAAAUUAAUUUCUAAUCUAAGAUUUAUACAGAGAUUUAGAGUAAGAAAUUUAAUAGAUAACGAAAUGUCAUACUGUUUAACAAAUAUUCUAGCAGUUAUUGGAUUUUUAGAGACUGCUGAUUACUUGGAUUUAAACAACAAUAACAUUAUUAACAGCAGUAGUGGUAGGAGGGUUGGGCAUGAAAUAGUUAAAGUGGCUGAUAGUGGUGUAAAAGUUAUCACUGACGCAUUUGAUUCUUCUUAUAAGUUGUUUGGUCGUAUUCUUGGAUCAAAUGAUAUAUUUUUCGAUAAGGACAAUAUUAAUAAUAAAAACAAUGUUAAUAAAUUGACCUCAACAAAAUCUACAAUAACUCCUGGCAUUGAUGAAGCUAAACAAGAAAACGAAAUGCAACAGCCGCAACAAUACCAAAAACGUAAAUCUUCAUCCUCAUCAAUGGUUGAUCGUUUGCUUUCAUUUAAUGUGCUUCCACAUUUUUCAGGUGAUGGAAAUAUUAUAAAAAAA